AUGAAUAGUGAAUACGACUAUCUUUUCAAAUUGCUAUUAAUCGGUAACUCAGGUGUUGGUAAAUCCUGUCUACUACUAAGAUUCUCAGAUGACACUUACACAAAUGACUACAUCUCCACAAUUGGGGUCGAUUUCAAGAUUAAAACCAUAGAAUUGGACGGCAAGACUGUCAAACUACAAAUCUGGGAUACUGCAGGACAAGAAAGAUUCCGUACUAUCACUUCCUCCUAUUACAGAGGCUCUCACGGCAUUAUUAUCGUCUACGAUGUCACAGAUCAAGACUCCUUCGAUAGUGUUAAAAUGUGGUUACAAGAAAUUGACCGUUAUGCCACCUCUACUGUCCUAAAACUAUUGGUUGGUAAUAAAUGCGAUUUGAACGAUAAGCGUGUGGUGGAGUACGACACUGCUAAGGAAUUCGCUGAAGCUAAUCAAAUGCCCUUCUUGGAGACAAGUGCCUUGGAUUCAACUAAUGUGGAAGAAGCGUUUUUGACCAUGGCAAGACAAAUCAAAGAAUCUAUGGCACAACAAAAAUUGACCAAUAACCAAGGUAAUAGUCAAGGUAAUACUGGUUCCAUAAAUGCUGGCUCCUCUAAUAAUGUUAAUUUAUCAAGUGGCCAAAGUUUAACAAAUCAAUCCAACGGUUGUUGUUAA